GAACUCUGAAGUGAGAGGGGCAGGAGAGGAUCGUGAUUUCCAAAACAAGAAAUUUCAUUUUCACCAUGGAGGCUGAAAAUCAGGAGCAGACGGAGGCAUUUGACAACACUCCAUGGCCCGCUGUUACCCUCCCUGACUGGAUGUCAGGUUUACCUGACCAUCUUCUCCUUUCCAGAGUCUCAAUCCCUGGUACCCAUGACUCCAUGAGCCUCCUUGGUGACUCGAAGAUCCGCUGUCAGAGCUGGCCUCUCGAGGCUCAGCUGGCUGCUGGCGUGCGCUUUCUGGAUAUCCGCUGCAAACUCGAAGGUGGCCAUUUCCUUAUCUACCAUGUCAACACUUUCCAGGAGGCUGAUUUUUCUGAAGUUCUGAACAAGACAUUGAGCUUCCUCAGGGAACACCCACAGGAGACUGUACUUAUGAGGGUCAAAGAGGAACUCCCAAUUAUUCCCAAAGAAGACUUUGCCCCCCGUUUGCGGCAGUAUUUGGAUGAAGAAGGCCAGGGCUGUGUUUGGACAAAAGAGGCCAUUCCCACCUUAGGCCAGGCACGAGGCAAGGUGGUCAUCUUGGAGGAACUAGAGAAAGAGGUGCUGGGAGUGCCGUAUGAGGAACUGAGUGUUGGCGAUGCCUGGCACGUUUUCUCUGCAGAGCGCAAAUGGGACCGGGUUAAGGAGCACCUUAAUGCAGCAGCUAUUGGUGACCAAGCUGUCAUACACCUUACCUAUUGCUCUGGUAAUGGGCUUUUCACCAACCCUGAGGAACUAGCCAAAUACAUCAAUCCAUGUUGCUAUGAACACCUGAGGGCUCAGGCUGGGGAAGUUGUGCGCUGGGGUGUGGUGAUAAUGGAUUUUCCAGGUACAGGACUGAUUCGCACCAUUGUGGAGAGUAAUUUGGAGAUGGGGAGUGGCCACACAACCACUUAGCUUAGUAGAGGUUAGUUUUUGUUUAGAGAUGUACAGUGGUACCUCAGUUUAAGUACACAAUUGGUUCCGGAAGUCUGUACUUAACCUGAAGCGAACUUUCCCAUUGAAAGUAAUGGAAAGUGGAUUAAUCCGUUCCAGACGGUCCACGGAAGCGAACUUUCCCAUUGAAAGUAAUGGAAAGUAAUGGAAAGUGGAUUAAUCCGUUCCAGACGGGUCCGUGGAGUAAUUAAACUGAAAGUACUCAAACCGAAGCGUACUUAAACUGAGGUAUGACUGUACUAAGGAAGCCAAGUUAAGGAGGGCCUAAUCUAUAAUCACAGAUAUUUGUAGGCAGGUUGUGAUCACCUAGUGGUGUCCAGAAUCACUUUGUUUUGUCCAUUAUUUCUUUACUACUGACUAACUAGUCGAUUUGACUUUGUUCUGUUUGCCAACAUGAAGUUCAGUGAAGUGCUUUAAGGGGAGUGAGACCAGAGCUCAAUGGUAGUCCAUGCUUUGCAUGGAGAUGGCAUUUCCAGGCAGAGUCCAGAAAGAGUCCUGUAUGUUAAAAAGAAAUGCACAUGAAAAGUCAUAUUUCUAUACACAUAAUAAAAAUAUAAGAAUGUUGUCACGCUGCAGUUCACUUGGCCAAUGACAGAGGGCACUGUGAACAGUAUGGCGACAGCUCAGCAGUAGCAGCAGAGUGGACGGGGGGGGGGGAGGCUUUCUCCUCUUCAUUUCACUCUCCCAUGCUAAUCCUUUCAACCUUAGACACCAGAAGUUAAAAUGUUGAGCUGCUGCCACCAUUGCUCCAGAGCCAGUGGCUGGCUGCCACUUCUGGGUGCUUUCCAUGUCCCUUUCCAUCUCAUGCCAUCAUGGCCUAUGGCAGGGGUGGGGAAUGAGGGACAGAAAGUCUUUCCUCACAUUUACAUUCACCACCCCAUCACUUCUGAGCUGCCUUUAUGCUGCAGUUAGCAGCACCAACUUGUCUGUGGCCGAGCGAAGUGCAGUGUGGUGACAUUCUUAGUUUUUUUUAUUAUAUGCUGUGCUUUUUCUGGAAGGGAUGCAGGGGUACGCAUACCCCUAAACAUUUUGUGAAUCUUUGUACUUUUGUCCAUUUACUCUGCGGUGUAGGUAGGCGCUCGGGUGCUGGGGGCGGUGCACACAUCUUGCAGCCGGGGGUGGGGCACACUGCGUGGAGCCUCUCUGCCGCCUCUCCCUCAGCUGUAGGGCGGCUGAGGGAGAGGCGGUGGGCAGACGCAAACACCAUGUUGUAGGCCUUUUUUAAAAAACAACAACAACAACCAACAACCACUUUUUGUCAUUUUGUCACCCCCCCCCUCAGGGAUUACACCCGCACCCCCACACCCCUUCCUCUGCCAGUGCAUUUACUGUAUUUAUUUUCCCCAAUUUGAACUAUAAAAUGGUGGUUUUCUAGAGUCACAAUGAGAGUAUCCCUAAACAUUUUUAAUAGAAAUAAA